AUGGGGCUUCCGAUGUACCGUGAACCCUCCCCUGCAGGGCCCAAGAGUGCGCUCAAGAGCGACCCUUCCGCCCAUGCCCGCUCCUCCAUCCGUCGCCAGGGUGCCAUCCGCCAUCGUCUGCCGCGCACCACUGGAGGCAGCGUCCCUUUUCGCUCGUCCCUGCCUCGCCAGCUGUCCGAAGAGAUCCAGCGCGAGAUCGAGCGUGAAUCCCAGAGCUCCAGGCGCCAGACACGGUCGCCAGAUAACGCCGCCCUCCUCGACGUGGCCGGUGGCGGUUCGCUCCUGUCGGAUUUUGCCAGACGCGAAGCAGGCCACCGUAUACUGCGGGAUGCUUUGCGCCACAGCCAGCCGGGUAGACGCCUGAGAAUCCCGCGAGAGUCGACUCUGCGCUUUGAGGUGUCCAGUCCGCCGUGGUCCACGAGCGACUCGCUGAACCGCUCCUCUUCCGGGGAAGAUGCGAGCAAUCGCCAAACGUCGGAGAACCUCCCGUUUACUCCGCGGUUUGCACCCGCCUUCGCGUAUCACAGCGAGAUCUCGUCGCAGCCGCAUGCAGACGUGGCCUCUCUCUCCCCGUUUCCUCGACCAGACGCGCCGUCGGGCGAAGACACUUCAGGGCCCCAGAUUCGCUUGUUGCGACGAGUCGGGAACCGAUCUGUGAGCGAGGCCAACCAGAGCGCGGCGUCGCGUCGCCCGACCAUUGACGGCCUGGGGGACCGCCAGCGGAGCAUCAGCCCGGAAGACGACCCUUUGAACGACACGUGGGAGACGCUUCUCACCACAAUCACCCCCGACGUGCAUCUUCCCAGCGCCGAUUCCUCCUUCACAUCGACGGCCGCUUCAGCUUCGAGCAACCAGGCGCGGAGUAGCAGCUCAACCCGCUCAGGUAAUACGUCGCUGGCGCAGGCAACAUCUCUGGGUCCGUCCACGACGAUGCAUAUGAUCCUGGACCCUUACCCGGAGUUCUUCAACCCAUGCGAUUUCCCCGAGUUUUCUUCCGACUCCGACACCGAGGCAGAAUCCGAUCUAGACCCUCGCUCGUCGGCCGCCCAACGACGCAAUCGGGCGCGUUCCCGUCUACUCCGGUAUGCGUCCACGGUUGGGUCUACUCAAGACAACCAACCACCCAUCUCUAUACUCGCACGACGCACCACACUUCCUUCCAUCUCUUCUUUGCUCUCUCACGAUCCAGCCUCGGACCUUGACCUGCAGCAGAUGCAGGCCAUUGUCGAUCGGCUUGCCCGCAGGGAGGAUAUUCCCGAGGAGUGGUGGGCGGCAGCUGGUUUAUCUCGCACCGUGGGCCGCAGGCUCGGCGCAGGUGAGGAUUCUUCGAACCAGACUAGCGAGAAUAAUUCCAGCAACCAGGCCGGUGAAUCACCAUAA